AUGACGAGCGCAACUUUGUGUCAGGUCGGCCCGGCGGUGCCAGCCAAUCUCCAGAAAGGGGCUCGUUUAGUCGACGUCAAACCCGCAAAGUGCUCGUUUUCCAUCGAACGCAUUUUGGGACUGGACAAAGCCAAGGAUAUUUCUCCAACGGCCAACAAACAUUACAGGCCGUGGAUGGAUCAAUACAAUAAUCAAGCCGCAUUCGAUGGCCGCCUUUGGAAGCUACCUAUGGUCACCUAUGAGCUACCGAUGCAAGUCGGCGCGGCGCGCGCUUCACUGGAACAAGAAAGCAAAGCCCGAUACGAAAAAUGCUGCGCCGGUGAAGAACGCCUGACGUAUAAACGGGAGCUGAGCUGGUACCGGGGCCGGAGACCGAGGACGGCUUUCACCAGAAGCCAAAUCGAAAUUCUGGAAAAUGUUUUCAGAGUGAAUUCCUACCCGGGGAUUGAUAUAAGAGAGGAACUCGCAAACAAACUUGCGUUAGAUGAAGACAGAAUCCAGAUUUGGUUUCAAAAUCGCCGCGCGAAACUGAAAAGGUCCCGCCGCGAGUCGCAGUUUCUAAUGGUCAAAGACUCUUUAACUCCAAACGUUCAGGAAUGA